CGAUCCAACCAUGAAUAAAGUUUGUUUUCUUGUUUUCCUGAUUGCUGGCUUCCAAGUCCAUGGCAAUGAAGCAUGGGAAAAUGAUUACGACGAGGCACUAAAUUUUCAAUGUCCCGACCAAACUACAAUUUCUGAGAUUACCAGCCAACAUCACAAUCGUUAUGAAGAUCGCCGCUGGGAUUUUAGGUGCAAGAGAAGUCCUGCCUCCACUUCGUGUUUCUGGACUGUUUAUGUCAAUGGAUUUGAUAAACCAGUCCACUUCAGCUGUCCAAAUAAUCACAUUAUUUCAGGAAUGUCAAGCUAUCAUCAAAACCAGCAAGAAGAUCGAAGAUGGAGAUUCUACUGCUGCGCAGUGGACAACUACUGCAGCCACCCCUGCAGCUGGACACCCUAUGUGAACAACUUUGAUGAGAAAUUCACUUGGGUUGUUCCGCAUGGUAGCUACCUUGCUGGGGUUCGAAGUUACCAUAAUAAUCAUGCCGAAGAUCGUCGCUGGCGGUUUAAGUUCUGUGCAAGCACUUGUUGAAUCCUUUUGAUUAAAGGGAUCGAACCAAAAGAAGAAAUUACACGAAUCAUUGAAAAAUAAAUAUAGUUUAUUGGUACCAUAUAUGGUCUGAAUUCAAAAGUAAAGGAAUAAACAUAGAG